UCCAGGCAACGGGAUAACAGAGGUGGACAGAGAGCGCCUGCGUGGACGGCGGUUGGGUUUAGUCAGGUGUGGAAAACUAGGUCUUGGGAAUUUUCCCCGAGCUGGAGCGGCCCCCGAGCGCCUCAGGCUUCGGUCCAGGCCCUGAAUGGCUGGUCUCCAGUUGGCUCCACAUCUGCCUGUGGGCGUUAUGUUCCCACAUGAUAAAACAGAAGCUCCUGGGCUCCGCUCGGCUAAGCACGACCCUUAUGAGCAAAGUGACUCUUCCCAGCGGUCCUCGAUGGGACAUUUGAGAAACAGUUUGCAGCAGAAGCUUUGGGCCAGCACAGAGCUGGAGCAGGAGGAGAUCUCCACCUACCCCAAAAGGAACGUCUGCACAAGAGCCCGGAGGCACUCCUGUCCCCACAGUGCAGGAAUCAGCCAGCAAGGCUCAGGAAACAAUGCCCAGGGCCAAGGAAAGGGUUUGUUUUACUUGUCUAGCCCGACACCCCGAUAUCCCAAAGCAAAUGACCAGGACUUCAUUCCCUUUAGGAAGAAACGAGUCGGAGUGGAUCGGGCAUACCCCCUGAAACCCAUGGUCCACCGGAAGUCACAUGGUACAAGUGAGGCAGACACAGGCGGGGACCAGAAUGGCUACCCAAGACUCCCUGACUCUAGUGAGUUUUCAGACAGCAGCUUUGGUUUCAGGAGCUGGGUGAAUUCAUCUCUCCUUGCCUCUGUGCAGGCAGAGAAGGCCAUGGCAGAGCGCCACAGGACCGAGUGGACACAGAUCCAAAGGCUAGAAGCUGCAGGGGAGAGUUUACAGAAGGAAAUCCGAAGAAAGGAGAUUCUCCUACGAGAAAAGCUGAAGAAGACAGAGGAGGGUCUUCGAAGGAUUCAGAAAGAAAAGAAAGAGGCCAUUUUCCAGGAAGAUAGGGAGCUACAAAGGAUGGUACUACCUAGGAGGAGGGCUCGAGAUGGUGACCGGAACACCACACACAGUCCCUGCUUGUCCCCAGAGUUCAGGUCUGAGGUAUUCAGUAGAAACAAGGGAGAGGAUCAAACUUGUGAAGAGGCUCAGGAAAACUCAAGUCCACUCCGGCUUCCUGACUAUGAAAUCCAGAAGCUCAAAAGGGAAAGGCUGAUGGCGAGUAACAGUAAAAUCCGAGACCAAGACUCGGGCCCCUCAGCCGACGCCGGCUUCCAGCCUGCAGAGGAGCUGGGCGAUGCACUGCGGGCAUCAAGCCUGUCCGGAACACCAGGCUUCUCAGGGUCCAGCUCCUCCACAGAAGAGCCAAAGCUGGCCAAGUGCAGUCACUGUGGACGCUCGUUUCUUUCCCCCAGGCUGCAGAGACACUCCACCGUCUGUGGCAAGAUGCAAGGGUCCAAAAGAAAAGUGUUUGACUCCUCCAGGGCCCGAGCGAAGGGCACUGAGCUAGAGCAGUACUUGAACUGGAGGGGGCCAGGCACAGCCAAGGCUGAGCCUCCUCCUCGGAAGAGCACCUGGAGACAGAAGCACGAAUCCUUUAUCCGUACCCUCCGGCAUGCUCGGCAGGUCCAGCAGGUGAUCGCCAGAGGUGGCGAUCCUUCAGACUUGCCUUCCAUCCUGCCUGCAGAAAACCCAGACUAUGUGCAGUGUCCACACUGCAGCCGCCACUUUGCUCCCAAGGUGGCUGAACGCCACAUACCCAAGUGUAAGACCAUCAAGAACCGUCCUCCCCCUCCAAGGAGGCAUGACAGCUGAGCAGUCGACGGCAGAAACUGCCUCACUCAGGCUGUGCUUCCCUUCAGCAGUAAACCGGAGAGUGAGUGAUGGAGAGCAGGGAGAAAAACCUUUCCAGAACUCAGGAUCUGCCUGCAGGGCAAAAUGACCCAUGAAGAGUCACUGCUGCGUGGCAGGAGGCAAAUGGAAGGCCCAGCUUCUCACUGCAUCAGAACCUCCCUUGGCUGAGUGUUCACAUUCUUGCCUGAAGUAUUGGUAGGUGAGGACGCUGGGUAUUGA